AUGCCGGAACCUAGUCAUAUAAUGCCUUGUGGAGUCCUCUUCCUGUUUUUUGUGUUCUCUACUUUCAUUUCUACAAACGAUGCUUGCAACAAGGCAGAUCACAACUCUCUUUUGUCAUCUUUCAAUAUGUCUUCUUCUCAUUUAAAUUGGUCUUCCAGUGAUUGUUGUCACUGGGAAGGCAUCGCUUGUGAUGCCAAUGGUAGGGUAACACAUGUUUUGUUGCCCUCUAAACGGCUCCAAGGAGGCAUUUCUUGCUCUCUUGGAAACCUCACACAUCUUUCGCACCUCAAUCUCUCCCACAAUCUGCUUUCCGGUCCUUUUGAAGCUGGACUUCUGUUGUCCUUGAGUCGCCUUGAAAUCCUUGAUUUGAGCUAUAACCUUCUCUCCGGAGAAGUCCCAUUGUUUCUAUCAUCUAGUUACAUUCAAAUAGUGGAUUUGUCGAACAAUCAAUUCAAUGGAACAAUUCCAUCUUCAUUCCUCCAGCAUGCCUGGAGUUUGAGCAGCUUGAAUGUCAGUAAAAAUCAUUUUACUGGCAAAUUACCUUCCUCUAUUUGUCUUCGUUCCUCUUCGGUCAGAGUCUUGGAUUUCUCCCACAACGAUUUCAAUGGCUCAAUUCCUCUCGGACUAGGAAACUGUUUGAAAUUGGAAAUCUUUCGUGCGGGCUUUAAUACUCUCUCUGGGACUCUUCCUAGUGAUCUCUUCAAAGCUCAAGCGCUUCACGAAAUUUCGUUACCUUCCAAUCAGCUUUUUGGUCACAUUAGUGACAACAUUGUCAAUCUCACCAGCCUCACAAUCCUAGAGAUUUACUUCAAUCAUUUGAGUGGCGCACUUCCUCUCCAUAUCGAGAAGCUCUCCAAAUUAAAACUCAUGCUCCUUCAUUUCAACAAUCUUGAAGGUCCGCUGCCCCCAUCUUUGAUGAAUUGCACAAACCUUAUCGAACUCAAUCUUGGAUUCAACCAUUUGGAUGGAAAUAUCUCGGAGCUGAAUUUUUCGAAACUUGAUCAACUUAUCAAGCUUGAUCUCGGGAGUAAUUACUUCUCCGGUGUCAUGCCAAAAAGCCUUUACUCAUGCAAGUUUCUGAAAGCAGUUCGCCUGAGCGGUAAUAAUCUAGAGGGACAGAUACAGCCUGAGAUUGUUUCGUUGAAAUACCUAUCCUUCCUCUCGCUUGGUAGCAACAGACUUACCAAUGUCACCGGCGCUCUGCAUUUAUUGAUGCGUUUCGAAAGUCUCAGGGUGGUCAUGCUUCCACAUAAUUUUAUAGGUGAAGAACUGCCGGAUGGUGAUGCUAUGAUUGGUUCUGGGUUUCAAAAUCUCCGCCUUUUUGGCAUAUCGAACUGCCAACUUAAAGGUCAUAUUCCGGUGUGGAUGUCAAAGCUCAAGAAACUCGAAGCCCUUGAUUUGUCUACCAACAGACUCACAGGCUCAAUACCUCGUUGGUUGGGAAGUCUUCCCAGUCUUUUCUUCAUAAGCUUGAACAACAACUCGCUUUCGGGGGGACUUCCAAAGGAGCUUUUCUCACUACAAGCUCUUGUAUCCGAGAAGCCUGCCGCUCAAACAGAUAGUGGUGAUGUCGAACUACCUAUCUACACGCAGCGAACGAAUGCAUCUAUCACAAAUCUGCAGUACAACUAUGUGUCCAACUUGCCGCGAGCAAUUUACAUCCGGAAUAACAGUCUAAGUGGCAAUAUUCCCAUUGAGAUAGGCCGGUUGCAAAACCUUCACGAGCUGGAUCUCAGCGUCAACAACAUCGUUGGCAGCAUUCCGGACCAGGUAUCUAACCUCACAAACUUGGAGAGAUUAGACCUCUCAAGAAACCAUCUGUCAGGCGGAAUCCCAGCUUCACUAUCAAGUCUUCAUUUCUUGGGUUCACUCAGUGUUGCAUACAAUAACCUCCAAGGACAAGUACCGUUAGGCACUCAGAUCCAAGGCUUCAAUGCCACUGCCUUUGAGGGCAACCCGGGACUUUGCGGUUUCCCGCUUCCAAACAAAUGCCAGCAGAACACAAGUGAUAAUGCAACUAAGAACAUGGAAGAUGUGCAUGGCAAUGGGAAUGAUAUUCCAUGGUUUUAUAUUUCAGUUGCUCUUGGUUUCAUUGUAGGAUUUUGGGGAGUUUGUGGCUCUUUGGCUUUGAUCACGUCAUGGCGAUAUGCGUAUUUCCAGUUCCUCUCCGAUGUUAAAGAUCGCUUCAUAUGUUGA